AACGACAACAGGAACAAUGAAGUUUUUCUUCUUAUUUGCUGUAAUUAACUGUAUUUGUCCCCCAAGGGACAAUGCAUUAAUGGCUGCAAUGAGUAAAACUGUUCUAGUAAAAAAUACAUUAAAAACUGGUGCAAAUUUUGCGAUGGGUAAUCCAGCAGUUCCAUUCGAAGCAAAAUUAGUUGUAGGAGUGGGAAGAGCUGUCGUUGAUGGUACCAAUGCGUAUAUUAGAUCGAAAAGCAUAGUAGAAGCAAGUAAAGCUGUUGCCACCUCAGGAUUAGAUAGCACAAACCGAGUUUUAUUAACUAGAUAUGCUGGAAUAUCUAGGAAUAUAGCUGGCUUCUUGAAAGACAUUUAUAGUGGAAUCGACAUACAAUGUGCACUCACCGAUCGCUGCAAACAAGCCUUCUUAAGCUUUCCAAGCGGAAAAGUGGUGAAGAUUGGUUACGAAAUUCGUAACUGUAUGAAUGGUCAACAGGUGGACAAUGAUGUAUAUAGCAAAUGCACACGAGUAGUUUUUGAUAAAGUUGCGGAAAGACUCAAGUCUGAUAUAAAGGAAACUGUCCAAGCACAGCAUAAGAAUGAAACUCACUCCCCAAAAGAAGGAAUAGACAACAGUCAAGUCAUAUAUGAAGAAAUUGAAAAAGAACUGGUUACGUUAUUACAGAAAGAGCAGGACAAUACAAUAGAACAGCUAUUGGAGCAAGCACCGGAACAUCAUUCAGAACAAACAUUACAGUCAUUAAAAGGAACAGAAAUAAAAAUGAACGAGACUUCGCAGAAUGAAAAAGAAAUCGUAACAAAAAUCAAAGAUGAAUCAAAAGCAAAAAUGAAGAAAGGAUGUCUUCCAAUAAAAUUUUCGCGCGGAAAAGAGAAGACGACAAAAACAAAUAUUGAUUCAAGCACCAGAAAAAAGAAAGUACGACGUUUUAAUUUCGCAAGUGGAUUAAUUGCAUGUUUGAAGCCAAAAACAUUGGAUUAGAGCAAAAUGUGAAGAAAAAAUCCUAUGUAGUAGAGCCUCAAUUUCAAUUAAAGAGAGAAAGAAGUCGGUUGAUGUUAACUAUUCAAGGAAAUUUCGAUCGGAAAUAAAAUCAAAUGUUUAACUCUCUGACAAGAGUAUAUUCUACGAAUUAACAAAAAUUUUUCGUUUGAAUUUAACCAAAACUUCAUUCAUAAACCAAUUUAGAUGGACAUUUACUUUUUUAAUAUUGUUUAAUGUUAUGUUUCUCAUCUAAAGUUGAUGAAAUUGACAAAAAUACGUAAACUUAAAUAAUAAUGAUAUCGAUUCGGAAUAGUUUCGAAUUUGAUCAACAAUAAAAACGAAAGAAGGUUUCUAAAUA